AAGCUCAACAUCGUCCUCGUUUGCGAAGCCGGAAACGUAUUCGCCAGUGUUGCUGCAAUUGCACGAGCAUUUCCAGUAUUUACUCGCAAGAGUGAUCCACCUCCAAAAGUAGAUCUUACUAUCGAGCUAUGCUUGCCUGAGGGAGAAGAGCUUGCCAAAGAAGAUCUCGAACUUAUCGAAAAUGUAGCGUACUCAAUACGUGAGACUUGUCGCAUGAUUGAUGCUCCGUCAAAUGAAAUGUCCACAGAUGCUUUGUUAUCGGAAGUCCUCUCCGUAGCUGAUGAACUUGGUCUGAAAUCCAUAGUGAUAACGAAUGCUACCAAGAGCUACUGUCUUUGCGGUAAAGGUGUCGUAUUCGACAGCGGAGGCAUGCAGAUUAAGGGAAAAACUGGAAUGCCUGGCAAGUUAAUGAUAAAUUCGGAUUUGGAGACUAUAGUUUGUAAUGUGGACUGCAUAGUUUCGAAGGAAGAAACAAGUAUGAAAAGAGAUAUGGGUGGUGCAGCUGGUAUGCUAGGAACAUUCUACUGCUUGGUAAAGUCCGGCUUUUCGGAAAAACUCUAUCUUUGCUUAGCCAUUGUCGAAAACAGCGUUGCGAACUUUGCCAAGUAA